GAAUGAAAAAUUGAGCACUGUUGAAAAGGGGGAGGCCCAAAUCAGUUUGCGCGUUACGAUAUCAAGUCGUUCUUCACUCUGUUGAGCUAUCAGCUAUCAGGCAUGGCAGGUAUUCGAAUGAUAGAUAUAGCCGUCAACUUCACCGAUGGCAUGUUUAUGGGAAUCUACCACGGCAAGCAAUGUCACGUCUCAGAUAUUGCAACCGUUUUGAACAGAGCAUGGGCUGCUGGUGUCCAAAGAAUUAUUGUAACAGGUGGAUCCCUGGAGGAAUCAAGGGAAGCGCUUGCAAUUGCGGAAACAGAUGGACGACUUUUCUGCACAGUUGGUGUGCAUCCAACACGUUGCAAGGAAUUUGAGGAGAGUGGAGAUCCAGAAAAGCAUUUUCAGGCUCUCUUGUCUUUAGCUAAAGAGGGAAUUCAGAAAGGAAAGGUGGUUGCAAUUGGAGAAUGUGGAUUGGACUAUGACAGGCUUCAUUUUUGUCCAGUAGAGAUUCAAAAGAAGUAUUUUGAGAAGCAAUUUGAAUUAGCAUAUAUCACAAAACUGCCUAUGUUUUUGCACAUGCGAGCAGCUGCCACAGAUUUCUGUGAAAUAAUGGAGAAAAAUAAGGACAGGUUCACUGCUGGAGUCACUCAUUCAUUUACUGGUAGUUUGGAUGAUUGCAUUAAGCUUCUCUCAUUUGAUAAAAUGUACAUAGGGAUAAAUGGGUGCUCUCUGAAGACGACCGAGAACAUUGAUGUUGUGAAGAGUAUUCCUGUUGAGAGAAUGAUGAUUGAGACAGACUCACCGUACUGUGAAAUCAAGAAUACUCAUGCUGGUAUUGGUUUUGUUAAAUCUACAUGGCCUUCUAAGAAGAAAGAGAAGUAUGAUCAAGAGAGCAUUGUUAAAGGCCGCAAUGAACCUUGUUUAGUUAGGCAAGUUCUUGAAGUAGUUGCUGGCUGUAAAGGCAUCGAUGAUGUGGGCAAUCUUAGCAGAACAUUGUACAACAACACUUGCAGGAUUUUUUUCCCUCAUGACUUGGACUCUGCAGCUGAUGCUCUUCUUGCUGGCGGUAAUUCUUCAUAAAUAGACUUGCUAGUGACUUGGCCUUCUCUUUGCUUUUAUUAGCUCAAACCCUCAUUUUCUUGAGAAAGAGUGGAACUGAGAUUGUCUCCCAGUUCCUUUUUGGGAAGUGACAAAUCAAAAACUGAUUUCCAGAGGCCGGACUGAUGAGUGUAUGACAAGUUCUUGCAUUUCAUAAGUUUAUUGUAUUAUAACGUAAAAAACUAUGAUACUGAGCCAGAAGCCAAAAAUAUCCGAUUAGCCAAAAGGGAUGGUCACGACUGGAAGUAUAUCAGAGGAGGCGGAUUGACAUUAUGCUUUGUUUGAAAAUAUUGUUCGGUUAAUGUGAUGUAGAAUCUGUAGUUGACAAUGAUGGACAUCGAUCUAAAAGCGUGAUUUUGAGUACCACUACUGAAGGUGUAAAAAAAAAAAAAAAGUAACACUUUCGAAUUUUCUUUUCUUUUGGAGUUUUAUGAUACCUAUUUAUUUCG